CCAUUGUUCUUGUUGAUAUAGUAGGAAAGAAUAAAUUAUCGGAUGCUUUUGGAAUUCUUUUACUUUUUAUUGGAGUUGCAGUGGCAAUUGGAACACCGAUUGUUGGAGCAAUGAGAGAUGCAUUUUCAGAUUUUACUCGACCAUAUCUUUGGCCUUAUCUUAUUUCUGGUAGUUGUACUGUCCUUAGCGGGGUCAUACUAUUUGACAUUCCAUCUUCACAACGAAAGAAACCAAAUGCACGUCAAACCGAAGUGAAUGUUGAGGCGUCUUAA